AUCUCUCCCCUCGCUUCUUUUCUUGUUGUCGGCCAUCGCCGGAGCGUUUCGCGCACCGUGCCCGUGCGGCUGGGAUGAGGCGCGCAGAGGAGGCGUGCGUCCCGAACGCGCUUCACUGAUGGUCGUGAGCUUCCAUCACAGGCCCUGUCCUCUGGUCGCUGGAGCCGCUUCCUCAUAUGAAAAUGGUCCGGUGAGAUAGUUGGGAAUCACGGGGGCUAUCUUUCAAAGAAAAGGUGAAGACUGGCAGUUGAAACAUGAAAAUCUGGAGCACUGAGCAUGUUUUCAGUUACCCAUGGGAGACGGUGAUCAAGGCUGCCAUGAGGAAGUAUCCAAACCCCAUGAACCCUAAUGUGGUUGGGGUAGAUGUGCUGGACCGGGGUCUGGAUACAGAGGGACGGCUUCACAGCCACCGACUCCUCAGCACAGAGUGGGGCCUGCCAGGGAUCGUACGAGCUAUUUUGGGUACCAAUCACACACAGACGUAUGUUAAGGAGCACUCCAUCGUUGACCCAGAGGAGAAAAAAAUGGAGCUGUGCUCAACAAAUAUUACACUCACCAACCUCAUAUCAGUGGACGAGAGGCUUCUGUACAGACCCCAUCCUGACAACCCUGAAGUAACUGUCCUGACUCAGGAAGCCAUCAUCACAGUCAAAGGAGUCAGUCUGAGCAGCUACCUGGAGGGAAUGAUGGCCAGGAGAAUGUCUGCUAAUGCCAGGAAGGGUUGGGAUGCUAUUGAGUGGAUUAUUCAGAACUCUGAAAGAGAAAACGUUCCUCUCUGUGACGUUUACUAACACUGGACACCAAGUCCUCAGCGAUGACAGCUUUCCUCGGCUGUACCUCAUAAACUGCUGGGGAUCCCCAGCAUCUCCGGAUCCUCUGCAGUUGAUCACCUGUGAAGGGUCAUGUGGAUUUUCAUCCCACACCACCUGUCUUACCUCUGGAGUAAGAACAGACGGACCGACAGUGGAAUAUUUGCCAGAGCUGAACAGUUAUGGCAGCAUGUUUGAGAAGGUUUUGGUGGGAGGGGGCGGCAGGUCGAGUAGAUAUGGCUCAUUGCUGAUGCAGCGUUCAUUAACCCAUUAACUGUUUCAGUUAGAUGGAGGCUACAUUCACAACAUAACAGACUUCAUCAUUAUCUUACUACCCAUACUGACCUCAGUUCAAAGGUUGAUGCAAAAACAGGAGAAGGAUAUACUGGGACAUACAUAUGCAUUUUUUUUAAACCUAGAUGCGGUGCAAUGUUGAUAUUUUGCAACAAAACAUAUUUUCAUUUGAUGUAUUGUAGUUUUUCUGUAAUGCCAAAAGAAAAGACAUAUGUAGUGUGAGAGAGUUUAAAUAUCAGAAACAUGCUUCUGGUGCUUAUUUUGUGUUACCAUGGGGCACAAACUGUAGACAAUGUUUUGCAUGAUAGUAGUA